UCUCUUCUCACUCUUUUUUGUCAUCUUUGAUUCACGAUUGCAACUAUGCGCACACUCACAUUUCUUGGCGCACUGGUCGCCGCCAUCUCCUCCCUAAUGUACAUGCUCGACUCGCAUCUCGAGAAGUUCUACGUCUUCGACCCGACCGAGCUCCACACCCUUUCCAAAUCCGCCAUCGCGGCCCACGGCAACGAUACACGCGCUGUGGUCGACUACAUUGUCGAACACCUCGCCAAAACCCACCCCAACCACGUGAACGUCGAGGAAGAAUGGGUCUUCAACAACGCAGGCGGCUGUAUGGGAGCCAUGACUAUCAUUCAUGCGUCCAUAACCGAAUAUCUUAUCGUGUUCGGUACAGCUAUCGGGACUGAGGGACACUCAGGGCGGCACACGGCGGAUGACUACUUUACGAUAUUGAAGGGCGAGCAACUAGCGUGGAAGGCGGGUACAUUCGAGCCCGAGAUAUAUCCGCAGGGGGCUCAGCACUUGAUGAAGAGGGGAGAGGUGAAGCAGUAUGCGAUGAAGGAGGCCUGCUUUGCCUUGGAGUAUGCUAGAGGGUGGAUUCCGCCCAUGUUAUUCUUUGGAUAUGCGGACACGUUCACAAGCACUCUGGACUUCUACACCUUGUGGAGAACGACGGUCAUCACGGGCCGAGAGAUGCUGACCAACUUGGCGAAGAUGAAGUUGUAAUCAGCAUCUCUUGAAGAGUAUCAGCUUACAGUAUUUGCUGUGUCAAAGGUUGCCCAAGACGUGUGAAAUUGGAACCAUUUUUGCAGGCCGUCACAGGCGGGCACGGUAAUGUCCUGCUCCUCGCAUUGGACAAACCGUAUAUCAAUGAAGGCAGCGAGAGGUCAACUAUGAAGGUUAGUAACUUUAAUAGGCAGGUAGAGGUUCGCUUUAGCUAUCCGUCAAGCUUCAUGAAUAUCCGAAUGUAGUAUAGCGCUUUGCGGGUGUCUCAGCCCCUACAUGAGUAUGAUCGAC